CUGAAACGCUCGCACGCCCCCGUACUGGCUCCUGAGGGCCGUUUUCGACGGGACGGCUCGCUCUAAGCUGCUGCACCAUCUGUGCACCCUCUAAACUCUAUGAGAGCAGCCAUGCUGCGCACCCUCCUGCAGCGGUCCACACGUGUACGACAGCUCGCCACCGACGCGAGAGUCGCGGUCGUGGGUGGCGGCCUGAGCGGGUCGCUGUGCGCGCUGUCGCUCGCGGCGCGCGGCGUGCCGUGCUGCGUCUACGACCAGGGUGCGUCCGGGGGGCGCUUCGGCGGCAGCGCGCAGCGCGAGCGGCCCGAGCUCGGCACGCAGUUCUUCCGCGCGAGCAGCGACCGGUUCCGGUCGCUGCUCGGCGAGCUGGAAAAGCGAAACUUGGUGGGUCGGUGGCGCGUGGCCCCGGAGCGCUUCGGCCUGCUCGGGAGCCACGGCGGCGGCUUUUUGCCGAGAGAGGCCGUGCCGCGCGGUACCAUGCCCGCUCUCGCGACGAUGCGGGACGGAGGCGACUUCUGCGGCUUCAUCGAGGGCGACGGCGACCUCUGGAGCGCCCCGGACAACGCUGUUGUUUGUGAGGCGAUCCGGGAGAUGGGCGGGGUAGAACUCAAGCCGAGUGGGAGGGUCGAGGCCAUUGAGCGCGUCGAAGACGGCUGGCGCGUCGAGGGGAAGGAGUUCGAAGCUGUUGUGGUCGCGAGCCACGGCCCCUCGCUCGCGGCGACGGCCGUGGCCGCGGCGGCGGCCGAGACGGCGGACCCGGCGGUCGUCGCGCGGCUCACGGGGCUCGUUGAGGCGAUCGCUCGCGUGCGCGAGAGCCGCUGCGCCGUCGUGAGUGCCGUGGUCGAGGUCGAGGGGGGCGAGGCCAUCCCCUUCGACGCCGUGACGACGCCGUCGUCGAGCGUCCUCCAGUUCCUCGCCAGGGAGGCCUCGAAGCCGGGCCGCGCGGACGCCGGGAACGCGUGGACCGUCGUGUCGACCUCGUCGUUCGCCGACAAGCGGCCGGGCAACGACGCCGUCGCGUCGCUGGGCCUCCUCCUCGCCGACGAGGCGCUGCGGCUCCUCUGCCCGCACGGUGCGAAGCUGACGAGCGCCGUCGGGGCCAAAAUGUGGCGCGCGGCCUUCUCCGCGGAGACGCUGGAGGGCUGGUCGCGCGGCGCCGAGCACGCGGUGGUUCUCGAGCCCUACCGGCUGGCCAUCUGCGGCGACUUCGUCCGCGCGGCGGCGUGCCCCGUCGAGGCCGCGGCGCUGUCGGGGCUCGAGGCGGGGGACCGCGUGGCGGCGGUGCUCCUUGGUGGGGCGAACUAGUUAACUCUGUUGUGG